GCCAGGCCGAACGCGGCAGCAUGGCGGGCGCGGCCCCCAAGCGGCGUGCGUUUGCGACCCCAGCGGCCGGCGAGGAGGAGGAGCGGCAGGCGCGGGAGCGGAUGCUGGCGGAGCGGCUCGCGGCUGGGGUGGCUGGGGCGGCUGGGGCGGCGGGCGGCCAGGACGUGACGCUGCAGCGCUCCAUCACGCUGCUCAACGGCGUGGCCAUCAUCGUAGGCACCAUCAUUGGUUCAGGUAUAUUCGUGACCCCCACCGGCGUGCUAAAGGAGGCGGGCUCGCCGGGAAUGGCGCUCGUGGUGUGGGCCGUGUGCGGCAUCUUUUCCAUCGUGGGCGCCCUCUGUUAUGCCGAGCUGGGCACCACCAUCACCAAGUCAGGCGGCGACUAUGCCUACAUGCUGGAGGUCUACGGCUCGCUGCCCGCCUUCCUAAAGCUCUGGAUCGAGUUGCUCAUCAUCCGGCCCUCCUCGCAGUACAUCGUGGCGCUCGUCUUCGCCACCUACCUGCUCAAGCCGCUCUUCCCCACCUGCCCGGUGCCCGAGGAGGCGGCCAAGCUGGUGGCCUGCCUCUGCGUGUUGCUGCUCACGGCCGUGAACUGCUACAGUGUGAAGGCCGCCACCCGUGUCCAGGACGCCUUCGCAGCUGCAAAACUCCUGGCACUGGCCUUGAUCAUCCUGCUAGGCUUUGUGCAGAUCGGGAGGGGUGACGUGUCAAAUCUGGACCCCAAAUUAUCAUUCAAAGGCACCAACUUGGACGUAGGAAACAUUGUACUGGCGUUAUACAGCGGCCUUUUUGCCUAUGGAGGAUGGAAUUACUUGAAUCUUGUCACAGAAGAAAUGAUAAACCCCUACAGAAACCUGCCCCUGGCCAUCAUCAUCUCCCUGCCUAUCGUCACCCUGGUGUAUGUGCUCACAAACCUGGCCUACUUCACCACCUUGUCCACGGAGCAGAUGCUGGCAUCCGAGGCCGUGGCUGUGGACUUUGGGAACUACCACCUGGGGGUCAUGGCCUGGAUCAUCCCCAUCUUUGUGGGCUUGUCGUGCUUUGGCUCUGUCAACGGGUCCCUCUUUACGUCCUCAAGGCUCUUCUUCGUAGGAUCCAGGGAGGGCCACCUGCCCUCCAUCCUCUCCAUGAUCCACCCACGGCUCCUGACCCCCAUGCCGUCACUCGUGUUCACGUGCGCCAUGACCCUGCUCUACGCCUUCUCCAAAGACAUCUUUUCCGUCAUCAACUUCUUCAGCUUCUUCAACUGGCUCUGUGUGGCCCUGGCCAUCAUCGGGAUGAUGUGGCUGCGUUACAAGAAGCCGGAGCUGGAGCGGCCUAUCAAGGUGAACCUGGCCCUGCCCAUGUUCUUCACGUUGGCCUGCCUCUUCCUCAUCGCUGUCUCCUUCUGGAAAACUCCCGUGGAGUGCGGCAUCGGCUUUGCCAUCAUCCUCAGUGGCCUCCCUGUCUACUUCAUCGGAGUCUGGUGGAAAAACAAGCCCAAGUGGCUCCUCCAGGGCGUCUUUUCCACCACUGUCCUUUGCCAGAAGCUCAUGGAAGUGGUCCCCCAGGAGACAUAGCCACAAGGGCAGAGAUGCUACAGGAGAGAAAACACACAAAUGUCAUUUUAAACACCCCAUACCCUUGAAAAGCAACUCAGUUCCUAACAUCCAGACACUGCAGCUGGGUGCCACCAGCCAUCCAAAGCCCCUGCCACCUCCCAUCUCCAAGCCAGCAGCUGGUGCUGCUGUGAAGAACUGGUACGAAGUCAGUCCCAGACGACAAGUCGUCAGUGCCCAGAGCACGAGGAACAGACUGUUGAAUGAGGACAGGCCAGCACUCUUGACAGCGCGGUAGUGGGGGCAGGGGACACAUGCUAUUUUAUUAUGUUGGGUGCUGCUCCCUCCCCACCUUCAUUUAUUUAUAUUAUUUUUUUAACUUAAAUUUUGGGUCAAGUAGAAGCCACCAAGAUGAUUAUUUUUUAAAAAGAAAUGGGUGACGUUGAGCUGGAAAGAGGAAGAGCCGUCUUUGCUCCAAUGCCACCAAUGGCAUACUGCACUUCCGGAAGGGUCCAGCUUCUGGUUCCAGUUCUAGGCCCCCAGGAGGGGAGGAUUCUGAGAGCCAAACACUCCAGCCCGGAACAUUCCAGAACUACUGAGACUUGGACCUUGCUUCCUCACACACAGACCUGCACUGUGGGGAUGGCAGCCGGCCCCUCUUGGGGGCUCGGCUCAGUACGUGUGUUGUUUCCUCAUUUUUUAUUGUUAUAAGGGUAGUGACAUUAAUUAAAACUCACUCCCAGGGCGCCUCUCUUUGCCUUACAGACCUGAGGUGGCGCCCCCACCCUAAGAAAGAAAAACAUCUGUGAAACCGUAGCCCGUCUUAGAGAAGUGCUUGUAGAAUGGGAAGUCUUGGGUUGUCUCUGACAUUAGCCCUAGCACCCUGGAAAGAUCUGGACGACUACAGGCCUGGAGCAGAGGUCAUGCUGCCUGGCACAUGCUCUGCAGGGCUGGUUUCUGGGCUGCCCCCUACUCAGGACCCUCUGGACUCUGCAGACCCACACCUGGAGUGAAGGCACGGCCCCGCAGAACUGGCAGCCCUGAGCACCGGUCCCCAGCUGCUCUCCACCCACUCCGGGAGUCUGCAUCUGAGUCCGUUUCGAUAAAACUCUGCUCUGGGAAUCUUUUAGAAAUGGAUGGAGACAGGAAAGGCAGAUAAGCUGUGGCUGGGACCCUAGUGGGCUCCUCAGCCCAGCUUCACACUGGGACUCCCACUGGGCAGUGCAGUGUGCCCCCCUGGGGUCCCAUUCUGAAGAACUGGCCACCACGGCUCCAGCCGACUCCUCAGCAGCCCCCUCUGGCCAAGGGGCCAUCCCCUGUGCUGGUCACCUGCACAGCUGUCCUGUCUCAAUUCCCAUUGCUUAGAGGAAAGCAGCCCACACCCUGCUCUGCGCCUGGUGCGAAGGCUGCUUGCCUGCAGUCAGACUCAGCCCCUUCUCUAGAUGAGGCUGCACUGGGGCCUGGCCAGUGGGUUUGUCCCUGGCUGACUCCUGGCUGUGACCACAUCCAGGGGACCCUUCUGGAGGCCAAACGCUGUCUAAGACCAGACAACCAGGAAUUACAGUGAUAGGCAAAGUGGACUGCAGGCCCUGGCUAGGUAAAACUGUGCUUAGGCUUCUGCCAGUGACACCCCCUGGAAGAGAGGGCUGAGCUGCAUCCUCCGACUGCUGCCUGGUGUUUCCGUGUGGGACACAGCCACCUGCCCGGAAGCUGCUGCGCACCUGGGCCUGGGAACCACACUGACGGGCCCAGCACAACCUGGCGAGCAGUGUGAGGAGGGGGCUACAGGAACUGCUUAUCCCACCGCUCAGUCAGAAGAAAACACCUCAUAACCCAGCUGUGGUUAAUGCCAGUCCCUCUGCUGCUGACUGAAACGUGUGUGCUGGGAGGAGCCGCAGGACCUGCUGCCGAUGGUAGCCAAUCCCCCCAAACGACCCCUUACUUGGCCUCAGCGGCUCAGCCUCCCCAACAGCUUCUCCCUGGGCUUGUUGGACACGUUUGCAAACCACCCAACCCUGAUCCCAUCCCACUGUGCACAGCUGGGCAAAGUGAGGCCCAGACUUCAAUGAGCACGUCUCGGUUUACUCAGUGAGCCCGUGGCAGUGCUGAGCCCAGACCCUGGCUGGCAGCCCCCUGCACCCUGCUGGGUACCCGCCAUUGAGAAGGGUGGCUGGAGG